CAUUAUCUACGGCAGCAAAAGCUAUUUUAACACCAACAAAUAAAGACGCCGAAAUUAUUAAUUCGAAUUUAGUUCACAGGCAGCCAGGAGAAGCAUACGAAUACAGAAGUUUUGACGAAGCGAUAGGAAAUUCAGCAAAUGAUUAUCCAAUUGAAUUUCUAAACAGUCUGCUACCAAAUGGCUUUCCACCCCACCAUUUAGUUUUAAAAAAAAACAGUCCUAUUAUACUUCUGCGUAACCUAGAUCCAACAUCGGGACUUUGCAACGGUACCAGGCUGCUCUGUAAAGCUUUUUACCUAAUGUUAUUGAUGCCGAAAUUAUUGUAGGACAUCACAAAGGCGAACGUGUUUUCAUACCAUGUAUUCCAUUACAACCAUCCGCUGUGAAUAAAUAUCCAUUUCAUUUCAGGAGAAAACAGUUUCCCAUCCGACUGAGUUUUGCUAUGACAAUAAAUAAGGCUCAAGGUCAAACUCUUGACAAAGUUGGUAUAUAUCUACCGCGGUCAGUUUUCUCUCAUGGCCAACUUUAUGUUGCUUUAUCCCGUGCAAGAAAAAGCCAUGACAUUCGAGUUGUUAUUAAACCCGAUGAACGACAUACAACUUGCGACACAGAAACGCAAAAUAUUGUAUGCUACGAAGUUUUACAACAUGCUGGAAUUAUUUAAAGUGUUAGUGUCCUACUAAAGGUAAAUAUUUUUAACAAUUAAAUAUAGUUUUAUAUUUAUACAGCUUUUUCACUUAUUUAGCAUAUUAAAUUUUAAAAAUAGUCUCCUAUACCUAUAAAUUAAACUUAGUUAAAUUCAAUAGUACUAUAAAUAUUUCGUAACAUUGAAUGCACUACAAUUCAUGUUUUUAUAUUUAAAUUUUUACGAAUACUAUGCUUGCACAAUAUAAAUAUAUAUUUUUGUUUUCAUUGCAAGAACAUCAUUACUAUGGAAAGAGUAGCACUUGCUGAUCUAUCCGACCAAAGUCGUAAUUUUACGACUACAAUUGUCGUCCUCCGAAAGCAACCUCCAAAGACUUCUCGUUCAGGAACUGUGAAGAUGCAAAAUCUUAUAUUUGAACAUGAGGGUGUACAAAUGAGAGCAACAAUAUUUGAACAAGAUAUUGAUCUCUUCGGAGAUACACUUCAUGAAGGAAAAGAAUAUGAUAUAACAAAUCCACUUAUCAGUCGAAUGCCUGACUAUCUCAUCAGAAAUGAGCAACAAUAUCAGAUGACCAUCAAGUCAACAACAAAAGUAACCGAAACCCAAUCAUCCAUACAUAAUCAAAUAAGUGAAACGUCCUACUGGGUAUCACUUGAUGCGGUAAAUGAUUAUAUUGGAAAAAGCGAUAGAAUUGAUAUUGUUGGUGUUGCUAUCCAUGUACAUGAAAUAAGAACAGUGACUUCUCAAACAACUGGAAGGACGUAUGAUAUACGUGAUAUUCAGUUAACAGAUACAUCGUUAACACCAAUAACAUUGUCAGUAUGGAGCACUCUUGCUACACAUGAAGCUGAACAGAUUGCUGAAAUGAUCGAUUCGUUUCCUAUUAUUCAAGUUACACGUGUUGUAGCAAAAAAUUUCGAUGGAGCGAAAUGGAACAGCUCACCUCUUUCGACUAUCAAAAUAAACACUGAUUCACCAACAACAUCUGCAUUACAUAACUGGGUUGUCGAAAACACUGAAAAGAUAUACGAACUAAAAACAUCGAUUGCUAAUCUGAGCAAUGAAAACACAGAGCAAAAUGGACACUCAGAUGUUUUAAUCAGUUUACUGCCAGAACAACAGGCUGGAAAGAAUGUGCGUAUCAAAGGAAAAAUUACAGAAAUAUCUAAUAAGCAUAGUCUAAUAUAUGAUUCUUGCAACGUAUGCAACAAAAAAUGUAACGCUAACAUUGGAGAGGAAUUUACCUGUUCAACUUCAUCCACUCCACAUGCUGCAACAGCUGAACCCAAAUGUAUCCUACAUGUUGAUAUUGAAAACUCCAGCGGUAAGAUACCUAUGACACUCUUUGGUCAUCAUGCAGAGUUUGUUUUGGACAAAAAAGCAAUUGAGAUAUCUUUACUGUCGAUGCAGGAACGCCGAAUAUUUAUUGAAGAAACUGUUGAGAAGUUGAAGGACAAAUAUUUCAAUAUAGAAUUGACUACAUACAUGCUUGGAGAUAACAAACAACUACGUUGGAAAACCAAGGAAAUUACAUAUGCUACCGUUUGAAUACUAUGUCUAUAGUGUAAAUUACUUUUGAAUAUCCAUUGUAAGAUAAAAUAAUAUAGACACGCUUGUACAUAUUGUAAACUAUGUAAAAUAAUAUAUUUUAUAUGUAAAAUAAUAUAUCAUAGGAAUGUAAUAUUUGUUUUUUCCUUCAAUGUUUAUAUCUUGGUUUACAUGUAAUAAUGUCCAAAAUUAAACUUUUACAUUUAGAUAUAACUUAUUAUAUGCAACUAUAUUAUUCCGAAA